AUGGCUCCUCCAACACCACUCCCGACAUAUGUCUAUAAGAUCGUGCCGACAGCCCCUCCGUCGCCGAUCCCCGCGCAGUAUCCGCUCUCGGAGCUAGAUCAGAAGGACGGGUUCGUGCACUUGAGCAUAGCGACACAAAUUCCGACGACGGCCGGUCUCUUUUUCAAGGACUCUACGGUCCUCUGGAUACUCAAGAUCCGUUUCAAGCCCGAGUUCUACGGUGCUACGACUUGGGAGGUGCAGGGCUGUCCGCACCUGUACGGCAACUUUGGAGCCGAUGACAUUGAGGACGUCAAGGAAUUCUCGCGGUCCGAGGGAGAGAGCUGGAAGGAUGCAAUGGAAAGACAGAGUGGGUUCCUAGUUUGA